CGGGAAAGCGGGAGAGCGGAAAGAACAAAAGCAAACACUGCGAACGGAAGGCGGAAUCAUAACAGGGGAACGGCAACGGAACGGAACGGAGAAGGCAACCCCUGUCGGAUUCAGGAUUUUUACGACCUGAGCAAUCAAUUCUGCUGAGCUGUGCGUUUCUGCUGGUCAGGGAGAACGAGAAGCUUCGCCUGUUAUCCGCCGCCCCCCCACUCGAGAGCAGCACUAUUGGUAUCUGGAUCUGAACACAUCGUAUAAUGGUUGCCCAACUGAGAUGACGCCACUGCCACAAGUGAGAAGGAGGAUACGUUAGUGGCGGCGCGGCAUUGACUAUGGGAACAGAGGCAUGGGCGUGUGUGCGGACCUUGGGUCUCAUCGAUGGUGUCGGGCAUUGAGCCACAGCCAGCCACAUCCACCAAAGCAGCAGCAGCAGCAAAAAUCCCCAUCCCAGCUCCCAAUCAGCAAGGGCUCCCCAGCAGCAGCAGCAGCAGCAGCAGCAGCAAACACAGCCACGAUUCCAACUACCACAGCGCUGACGGCAUCGCCAGCGAAAACGGCUGCAUUCACAGUGAAAACAACGCGGAGAAGAGGACGAAGACGGGCUGACGGCGGAGGCGACGAGGACGAGGAAGUGGAUGCCGCCAUCUCCAUCUCCAGCUCCAACUCCAGAGCUAGCGCCAGUGCCAGUGCCCGAUCGAGCCCCAUCUCAAGCUCAGGACCUGCCACCGGAUCGAUACAAGUUUUCAUCAAAUUUGUGCUGAUUUCGUUGCUUACCCUUCUAGCGGAAAAUGCACAAGCGCACAACAUUCCAGAAGAUGCUGUGCACAUCACGGCCAUACUCGGCGAGGGCGUCAUCUUCAACUGCCAUGUGGAGUUCCCCAACGACCAUCCGGUGCCAUAUGUCCUCCAGUGGGACAAGAAGGUGAGCGAAACGGGCUCCGAUCUGCCCAUAUACAUCUGGUAUGAGAGCUAUCCGGAGCAUAUCGAGGAGGGCUACAAGGGACGCGUGUCGCGCGUCUCGCAGGACUCGCCCUUCGGCAGCGCCUCGCUCAACCUCACCAACAUCCGGGAGUCGGAUCAGGGCUGGUACGAGUGCAAGGUCGUCUUCCUGAACCGCGAUCCCAAGCAGCACAAGAACGGUACAUGGUUCCACUUAGACGUACAUGCACCGCCGCGCUUUAGUGUUACGCCCGAGGAUAUUAUAUACGUAAAUUUAGGUGAUUCAAUUAUACUCAAUUGCCAGGCUGAUGGCACACCGACCCCGGAAAUACUCUGGUACAAGGAUGCCAAUCCCGUCGACCCCUCGCCCACUGUGGGCAUCUUCAACGACGGCACCGAGCUCCGGAUCUCCACCAUACGGCACGAGGACAUCGGAGAGUACACUUGCAUUGCACGCAACGGUGAGGGGCAAGUCUCCCAUACGGCCCGUGUUAUAAUCGCGGGCGGCGCUGUAAUCAUGGAUAAGGCCGCGCCCGACAAGCACGCACGCACCAAGUCCCCCCCAGCGUCCCCGAAUGCCGUCAAUGAGAGAUUUGCUAUAAGAGUGCCCCCAACCAACCAAACGAAGCUCGAGGGCGAAAAAGUGAUAUUCUCAUGCGAGGCUAAGGCGAUGCCCGGCAACGUGACCGUCCGCUGGUUCCGCGAGGGCUCGCCGGUGCGCGAGGUCGCCUCGCUGGAGACCCGUGUCACCAUUCGCAAGGACGGAUCCCUCAUCAUCAACCCCAUCAAGCCGGACGACUCGGGCCAGUACCUGUGCGAGGUGACCAACGGCAUCGGCGAUCCGCAGAGUGCGUCCGCCUACCUCAGCGUCGAAUAUCCAGCCAAGGUCACGUUCACGCCCACGGUGCAGUAUCUGCCCUUCCGGCUGGCAGGAGUCGUCCAGUGCUACAUCAAGUCGAGUCCCCAGCUGCAGUAUGUGACCUGGACAAAGGACAAGCGCCUGCUAGAGCCCUACCAGAUGAAGGACAUCGUGGUGAUGGCCAACGGGUCGCUGCUCUUCACUCGCGUCAACGAGGAGCACCAGGGCCAGUACUCCUGCACGCCCUACAAUGCCCAGGGCACGCACGGCGCCUCCGGCUUCAUGGACGUGCUGGUCCGCAAGCCGCCGGCCUUCACUGUCGAGCCCGAGACGCUCUACCAGCGCAAGGUCGGCGACAGCGUCGAGAUGCACUGUGACGCCGUCGAGGCGGAGGGCACCGAGCGGCCCACCAUCAAGUGGCAGCGCCAGGAGGGCGAGCAGCUGGCCGACUCGCAGCGCAACCGCAUCAAGAUAUCCGGCGGCAACAUGACCAUCGAGAACCUGCGGCGCGAGGACUUCGGCUACUACCAGUGCGUCGUCUCCAACGAGGUGGCCACGCUGAUGGCCGUCACGCAGCUGGUGAUCGAGGGCACCCAGCCGCAUGCCCCCUACAACAUCACCGGCAAGGCCACCGAGUCCUCCAUCACGCUCCAGUGGCUGCCCGGCUACAGCGGGGGCUCCGAGUACAAGCAGGACUACACGAUCUGGUUCCGCGAGGCGGGCGUCAACGACUGGCAGACCAUCUCAGUGACGCCCUCGGGCAGCACCCAGGUGACUAUCAAUGGGCUGGCCUCCGGCACCACCUACGAGUUCCAGGUGGUGGGCCGCAACGUUCUCGGCGACGGGAUGAUGAGCAAAGUGAUGACCGUGCGGACGCUGGACCUCUUAGCAUAUUUUGACAUUUUCUUUCACACCGAUUCGCGGGGCAAGCUAGUUUAUUCGCCACCCAGAUUGAGAGUGAAAGGUCCAAAGCCCGGACCACCAAGGAACGUGUCCGUCACAGAGGUAUCGAACGGAUUCCUCAUCACGUGGCAGUCGCCGCUGGAGCGGGCGCACAUCGUCAAGUUCUACACCAUUAAGUACCGCACGGACGCCCAGUGGAAGACGUUGAACCGCGGACAGAUACGGCCGGAGGAGACGCAGUAUCUGGUGAAGAACCUGGUGGGCGGACGGACCUACUACUUCCGGGUGCUGGCCAACUCGGAGAAAUCGUACGAGUCCAGCGACGAGGUGAAGUUCCCCGUGCCGGCACGUGUCAAGCAUAAAGCUAUAACCGCCGGCGUCGUUGGGGGCAUCCUGUUUUUUAUUGUUGCGAUCAUUUUAUCGGUUUGUGCCGUAAAAAUUUGCAAUAAACGUAAACGACGAAAACAGGAAAAAGAGUUCAACAUGGUAGCUUGCAGGAUAACGGACGCUCGUAACAUUGCAGCCAAUGCAGCCAAUAAUCAUCAUCAUUUGCAUCACAAUCGCAGUACGGGCUCAAUUUCCUCUGGUCAAGUGCCUUUAAAAAAGUACAAACAAACCCGAAUAUCAAGUCUAACCGCCAUACUGAUUGCCAUUCUCCACUGGAUCUGGCCACCCGAUCGCUGCACCAAUUGCCACUCCAUCUACAGCUCCCCCACGACCCUCGACGACUGCGACACUGGCACUGGCACUGGCCAUGGGAGGCGCUCUGUGAGCCGCAUUCAGCGCAGCCUCGAUGGCCGCUUCGUCUUGGAUGUGGAUGGGUCCAAGAUAGAGGGCUACACGCUGGACAACAACAACAUCGAUGUGGUGGAUGGGGCCCUCUUUGAGCGACGCAACAGCAACGUCUCCCAGAAGUCCUCCAGCGACGAUGGCGGCUUUCUCUCGCGGCGCAACUUCAUCACAGCGCGAGCCUCCUGGCGGCGUCCCCUGGUGGCCUCCUCCAGCCAGCUGAGCCUUCAGUCGGCGGCGGACUCGGCGCGCGGCUUCCUCCAGGGCCUGGGCGGCCUGCUCAAGAUCGGAGGCAAGCCACAGCACCACCAGCCAGCGCACUUUGAGGAUGCCAUCAGCGGUGCCCGCUACCAGAACAUCCUGCGUCCUGCGUACACCAGCAGCAGCAGCCACAGCCACAAUCUGUACGGGAAUGCGGACAGGAGUCGCCCGCUGCACAUCAACACCAUCAGCGGAGCCCUGGGCCUGGGCCAGCAGCAGCACCUCCUCUCGCCGCAGCACUACACCCCCUCGCGGAUCUCGCGCAUCUUCUCCAGCUCCCCGGCGAUGAGCCACCUGCACCACCAGCAGCAGCUGCUGCUGAGCGGCGGCAGUGGCAGUGUUGGCUAUCCGACACACUUCAGCGAUCUCAGCACCGUCUAUCCGCCGAACUCUGCGGAGCGAUCCCACAACAGCGGGGCACUGGGGGGUAAUCUCAGCAGUCGCUAUCGCUACUACUCCCAGGAGCUGCCUUCGUUGAGAACCAUCCAGGAGGAGACACGCCGCCAGCAGCAGCAACAGCAACAGCAACAACAUCAACAGCAGCCACAGCAUCCGCUGGAGGAGCACUUUGUGCCGCUGCAACUGCCAUCGCCGCCGUCGUGGAGGAGCUACUACCACGGACAGCUGCCGUAUCACAGCUACAGGCCGCGCACGCGGUGGUAUCCGCGCCACUACUCCCGCCUCUUCAGCCGCCAGCAGCACGAGCUGCUCUCGCCCCUGCCCGACCUCAAUCUCUCGCUGCGCAACGGCGUGGGGGUGGGGGUGAAUGCUGGGCUGGAGGCCUCGCCCGAGUCCCGCAGCAGCUCGAGUGGGUUUGGGUCGAAGAACACCUCGAAUCAUCCGGGCAGCACCAGCGAAUGGCGGCUGCUGCCACCAUACCGUGCCCCGCCCUCGCCGCCCAAGCACUCGGGGUACUUUGGGGCGGGUGGACUGGGGGGCUGCCAGCAGGCCCAGGGCCAGACGCCGCACUCCGCCUACUCGGCCUAUCCGCGGGCCAACACUCCGCCGUACACGAUGGCCCACUGGCUGGAAAUGAUCUCAAGACUGAACGCGGCCACGGACAGCAACCUGCCUGCCCCCAAGGCCCCCUGUCCCGUGGACGUGGGCAGCGUCGAUGGCCACUACGAAUUCGACCCCGCCACGCCCACUCCCAGCGCAUCGACGCCCACGGGCAUGGGAAUGCUGCGCGAAGAUCUCAACCAUCUGCACAUCGAUACGCAGUCGCAUCCGCACUCGUUCCAUCACCAUCUGCAUCAUCAUCACACCUUGGGGCCGCUGAGUGGCAGCCUGCUACACGCGCACGCCCCCUCUGGAUACAGCGGGGGGUCUGGGAGUCGCAAGCUGCGCACCCUGCCCCUGCCACACCAGCUGCCGGCACGCUAUGACAACGUGGAGGUGCGCCUGCAGGCGAUGCGAGAGGAGUUCUACGCGUACCGCAAGCGGCAGGCCAUGCAACAGGCGGGAGUGCCCGAAAUGGAGAGCGUGUGCUGAGACUCCAGUCCCCAGUCCCCAGUCCAGUCAAGCAUUUAAUUAAGUUCCACAUGGCAUCCACACAUCCGCAUCCACAUCCACACACCCAUGAAAUGCGCUUCAAUGACAAUGAAACGGCAAAACACCGCAACUGCGAUGCAUCCAACCCAUCAGAGCCAUCAGAGCCAUCAGACCCAUCACAUACAGGUCGUAGAUACGAGAGACGGAUGAGCAGCCGCAAGCAGCAUGCCAUUGCAAUCAACAUUCAACCGCAUAUUGAACGUACGAAUACGAGUACGAGAUGAUACAUGAUACAUACUCGUAGAUACAGAGAUGAAUCAGGAAUCGGAUCAGGCCACACAUCUGUGCACGCGUACUGCCAUACCCAUACCCAAACCCACACCCACACCCAUUCCCCCCACAUGUUAGAGAUCCCUCAGAUAUGAACUUAAAAAGUUACCUAGCCCCAAAAACAACCCCAGCAAUGAAACAAUUAAUAGAUUUUACGGGAAGAGAGAUAGAGAGAGAAAGAGAGAAGCCAAGCGAAUUCCACGCGAGAAUUGUAAAUACUUUGAGAAGGAGGAGGAGGAGCAGCAGGAGAUAGAGAGGGGUAUGCCGAUGCAGAUGCAGAGAGGGGACGAAAGUUUAAGUAUAAUAUUUAAAGAACUAUAGCAAUUAUAACAAAAAAUAUUAUUACAAAUCGAUAAAAGAUAAAGAAUUGAUAUUAAAAAAAAAAACAAAAUAGAAAAAAAAACACAAAAGUAA